AUGUUAAAGGCCAACCAGGAGGAGUUUGACGAGCUGACCAACUCUAAAUAUGCAUCAAAUGCUGGUGGAGGUGUUGACGUAUAUGAUAAGUUAACACGCCUUCCAGAAAUCCAGUCUACCUGUUAG